AUGAACGUUGUGAUGUCUAACGUGUUUUUCAUUCCAGGUCGAGAAGCCCAGCUGAUGCAGUGUGGCUGUUCUGUUUCGGGCUGUAAACAGAGUGAAACCAUCCAGAAGAACGAAAGCGACAUUAUAAAUGGCUUCUUCUUCUUCUUACUAUGUUGUGAUGUUAACAUAGGGAAUGGUGGGAAGGUUCGAGGGACGUGUGACGUUAUGUCUGAUAACCAUUCUUUUCAUGCAGGAUGUGUGCCUGGGUCUUCCAGAUUGCUGAUGUCUGACACGAAGAUGGUCAGGUGUACCAGUGCUCAGGACAAAGCAAAAGGGGGAGGCAAUAUGGGUAUUUGGCAAAGGCACCUAUUGGUGAUGAUGACAGUGACAAGGCAAACCUGGAAAAAGCCAAGAUGCUAAUGAUUGGAUCGGACAUGUGGGUUCCAAAGUCACAGAGCGAUAUGCUCGGCAAACAUAGUUUCAGAUUCAGACAGAGUUUCUGAUGGGAACUAUGACAAGAUAAACCUGGGAAAAGCCAGGAUGCCAAUGGAUGGGUCUGACAUGUGGGUUGAGAUGUCACGAGGCAGGAAGCAUAGAUUCUUCCUUGGGUAUGUUGAUGCCUGCUUGGAAAGUUUCCUUCCACUGUGAUGAUGCUUCUUGCUUAACUGGAUUGAGAGAUUAUAGGGAGCAUGGAAACCUCUGGCUUCUGCAAAGCUGGAAUGACACCCACUCUGUGUGUCAUUGCAUAUGGCCCCUGGAAAGUUCCCUGCAAAGGAAUGUGGCCCUUGUGCUGGAAAGCAUGCCCUGCCCCAGUUUUAUGAUGUCCCCCGGCCCGUUAUCAGGGUAGAUGAAGAGUGGGCUGUAAUUUCUUUCCAUAAUAAACAAGCAGACAGUUAAAUUGCUACUGAGAUGCUCCCAUAACUGCGAGGCCCAAAGAGAUGAAGGCCCAGCUGCUGCCAUUGCACUUGGCAGCUGAGUUGAUAAAAAGGCAGGCCAAGGAGAAAGACAUUUUUCUCCCUCCCCAGCAGGACAAAGCUGGCAACGACUGUGACCAUCAGCUGUGCCCAAUUUCCUUCCACUUGGAAGAGGUGAACCUGUGAAUGGAAGGAGGUGAUCAUCCGGCAAUGGGAUGCUGCGGUGUGAUAACAGGGCAAGUUCGCUUGCUGAGUGGGAGAUUGUGGCUUGAAGGCUACUGAUAACCAUCGUCAGAAGCUGGCUGGUGCCUAGCGAUGGACCUCAUGGAAGCAGGCAGGAGUUGGUGGGUGGAAGCUGGUGGCGUUUGCAUUUGGAAGCCAGUGAAUGCUGCAGAAGCAAACUGAUGUUUGUGGAUCUCAGCUGGCUGAAGUUCAGAAGCCAGUCAACAGAAGCCGGUGGCUAUAUUUGUGGAUUGAAGCUACAGACCCUCCUAGUGUCCCUGUUUUCCAAGUAUGAUCCCAGAUUUACAGAAGCCAUCACGGUUUCUGAUUUGAUCCCACUUUUCCCUAGGAUGUCCCCAUUUUCACUGGGGAAAUGUUGGAGCGUAUGGAGGUUAUUUGACCCCCGAGACAUGGAGAGAAGUAACUAUACAACCUUUAGAAGACAUCUGAAGGCAGCCCUGUAUAGGGAAGUUUUUUUUAAUGUUGUAUGUGUGAGGGCAUGGGAGGCUUUGAGGUGACUGGUGUUUGCUGAUGUGAUAUGUGAAAGACAAAACAGGGUGUGUGAGAAAGGAAACUGGUGAAUAUUCAUGAAUGGAUGAAGUUAGCAGAUGAAGUCACCAGGAAGAAGCCAAAUGAGGUGUCUGGGUGAUGCUGCCAGAUGGUAGUUAUCCCACUAAUUGUCCUGGGGGUUUUUACCCUUCCAGGUAUGUCUGAAGCUGGAGAGAUGUUCUGAAGACGACCAUUGACAGCAAUGAAGAGAACUGCAGGGCUUAAGCAAGCCAGUUUACAUUUUUAGAUAAAUGUCGUCGUCCCCCCAAAGAAAAUGUCUUUUUUAAUUUACAACAUGGUAUUCCUGGGCCUGUUGUCUUUGUCCAUGGAGUUUUCUUGGCAGGGAUACUAGAGUGGCUUUCCGGUUCUUGCUCCAGGUGGGUCACGUUUGGUCAAAACUUGCCACUAUGACCUGUUCAUCUUGGGUGGUCCUGCAUGGCAUAGCUCAUAGCUUCUCUGAGUAAUUCAAGCCCCUUCGCCACGGCAAGGCAGUGAUCCAUGAAGGUGUUGGAAGAUACUCUUGAGAGUCCCAUGGACUGCAAGAAGAUCAAACCUAUCCAUUCUGAAGGAAAUCAGCCCUGAGUGCUCACUGGAAGGACAGAUCCUGAAGCCGAGGCUCCAAUACUUUGGCCACCUCAUGAGAAUAGAAGACUCCCUGGAAAAGACCCUGAUGUUGGGAAAGAUUGAGGACACAAGGAGAAGGGGACGACAGAGGAUGAGAUGGUUGGACAGUGUUCUCAAAGCUACCAGCAUGAGUUUGACCAAGCUGCGGGAGGCAGUGGAAGACAGGAGUGCCUGGCGUGCUCUGGUCCAUGGGGUCACGAAGAGUCGGACACAACUAAACAACAACAGCAAAUUCCUGGGCCCUUCUGUCUGAGAUCCUUUCAACAGGCAAUACUGAGCUGGCUGUGUUUCAGCUGAGAAAAUGUAUAUAUGCCCAAAAGCAAUGUACAGUGGUGUCUCGCAAGACGAAAUUAAUCCGUUCCGCGAGUCUCUUCGUCUUGCGGUUUUUUCGUCUUGCGAAGCACGGCUAUUAGCGGCUUAGCGGCUAUUAGUGGCUUGGCGGCUAUUAACGGCUUAGCAGCUUAGCGGCUUAGCGGCUAUUAAUGGCUUAGCGGCUUUAAGAAAAAGGAAACAAACUCGCAAGAACUCGCAAGACGUUUCGUCUUGCGAAGCAAGCCCAUAGGGAAAUUCGUCUUGCGGAACGACUCAAAAAACGCAAAACCCUUUCGUCUAGCGAGUUUUUCGUCUUGCGAGGCAUUCGUCUUGCGGGGCACCACUGUAUACAAGUAAUAGAUCUACCAUAACAUUUUCAAUUUUUUCAUAGAUGUCGGCUGGCAUGUGUUUGUGUGAGUGAAAGGCACCAGGCUGGGGAGGACUGCUCUGUUCUGCAUGCUGUGAGUUAUCUUGCUUUCCUUUCAUCUUCGCUGCUGGGGUUGCAAGAGAUCCCAGUUGCACAACCCUGGCCUUCAUUCAUUCAUUCAUUCAUUCAUUCAUUCCAUUUCCAGGCUGCUUUUCAUUUUAAAAAUCCAAAAGGUCCAGCUCCGAGGGCCUUCUGGCAGUUCCCUCACUGCAAGAAGUGAGGUUCCAGGGAACCAGGUAGAGGGCCUUCUUGGUAGUGGCGCCCGCCCUGUGGAACGUCCUCCCAUCAGAUGUCAAGGAAAUAAACAACUACAGUGGUACCUUGGGUUACGAAUUUAAUUCAUUCCGGAGGUCCGUUCUUAACCCAAAACCAUUCUUAACCUGAGGCGCACUUUCACUAACGGGGCCUCCCGCCGCCGGUGCGCUGCUGGCGUACGAUUUCUGUUCUCAUCCUGGGGCAAAGUUCAUAACCUGAGUUACUACUUCUGGGCAUAGCUGUCAACUUUUCCCUUUUCUUGCGAGGAAUCCUAUUCGGAAUAAGGGAAUUUCCCUUAAAAAAAGGGAAAAUGUUGACAGCUAUGCUUCUGGGUUAGCGGAGUUUGUAACCUGAAGCAUUUGUAACCCAAGGUACAAAGGUAUCUGACUUAUAGAAGACACCUGAAGGCAGCCCUGUUUAGGGAAGCUAUUAAUGCCUGAUGUUUUAUCGUGUUUUUAAUAUUCUGUUGGGAGCUGCCCAGAGUGGCUGGGGAAACCCAGCCAGAUGGGUGAGGUAUAAAUAAAUUAUUAUUAUUAUUAUUAUUAUUAUUAUUAUUAUUAUAGCAGUUUACAGCGGAGAGCUACACUUCUCAGAGUGGUUUAAUAGUCAGUCCCUCACCCACAAAACUGUAGGCCUGGCACAAAGGAAGUAGCAGGGCAGAGCUGACUGAAAGUUGUGGGGCAGAUCAAAAUGGUGUCACCUUAUUGGUGGUAGGGCAGAGUUGGCUAGAAAUGGCCUGGCGGGGUCAGGCAGGCUGGAUUAGACCAGAGGUUCUCCACUGACAGGGCAAAACAGUAUUGCAGGCACACUGUGUGGGCAGUGGAUAAAGAGCCACAUCAGUCGUGUCAAUGCCUAUUUGCCAGAGCACUGGUGCGUACACUGUGUGUGUGCAGAAGGCUCUCUUCUGCAAAGUCCUUUGCGGGAUAAAUCUUUUGUGACAAGCAGCCCUAUGUAAAUAAGUGUACAGUAGUCUGUCAGCAAAUCUGUUGAGGCAGUAACGUUGUUGGUUGGGGUUUUUUAUACAAAAAUAAAAAUUCAGCAAACUCCUGACAACCGUUCCAAAGUUUUGCCGCACAAUAUGACUGCUGCUAUCAUUAGGCAUUAGUUUUGUUUUCUCUUGCUUUUUGGUUGCCCCAGGAAGCGUCUUGUGACUGCUGGAUGGAAAAUCCCAUCCAUGCAUCUGUCUCCCUCUGAGCUUAUCUGCCUGCAAACCCAACUCCCUGCCGUGCUGCUCAAAGGGUGGCUGUGCUUCAGUUCACAUAUCUAUUUCAGAAAUUGAAAAUUUGGUAGGUUCACCUUCUUCCCCCAUACUUCCUUAACCCUGAAGCUUAUGGGUUGAGCCAAUGUAUCUCAAUAGCCAAAGAGGGUUCGGACUCAUCUCUCAAGCAACUGGUCUCUAUGGUUUUGUAAGGUAUUGGCUCAUACCAGAGGAUCUGCCAGUCACAGCCAAAAAACUUAUUAUCUGCACCAGCUGAACAACUGAAUGAACUGGUGGGUCUGAGCUUUGUCACUCCACAGUGCCCUCCUGACAGUGGUAAGGGAAAAAAGCAUCACUGGUCAACCAAGGAGGAACCAGGUGACUUGUGGAGCCAAUAGGGGUCUUUUUUCUUUUCAUUAGCAGGUAAAUCUUUAAGUUACAGUGUCUCCGGGUGAGGAGUAGGAGGCAGGGGAAGAGAAAAAGGAGCUGGAAUGUAAACACAAGCUGGGAGCAGAGGCUCCCCUUGGAGAGCAAGGCUUGGGGUGGGUGCAAGCUAUUGGGAGCAGUGCAAAAGGCUGAGGAGGGGCUCGUGCGGCCGCAAACAAACCUGCCCACCCCCUUUUCAGGAACUGGAGCAAGUACUUCUCUGCCGGAUCUCUGAGCCUGGAGUGAGGGUCCUGGCCCCUGGGGGCAGCAGGCUUGAGGGAUCCCCCUCCCAGGAAGUGACUGAGAAGUUGGCCUCUGCAAGCAGCGUGGAAUUGUCCACAGACUCAAAUUCUGUCUCUUCGCUCAUCCCAUUGUCCAGACUGGACCUUGUCCCAGAAUCAAGUUUCUCCAGAUUGCUCUUUGGGGCCUGCAUCUCAGCAACUGCUCUUGACAAUUCCUCCUCUUCAUCAGCCCCCACAUCCUCUGGUUGACGUGAGGCAGCCUCUGUUUCCUCAGGGCCUUCUUUAGGGACCACAAUCCGUCAGCAGACGUCUUCUGAAUGUUGAAGCAUUCCGGAUCUUUCCCAGACAGAUAACUGCAUUGAUAAGGACUCUCUGGGCCACACGCUGCCCCAAAUCCACUGCAAGUACAAUAGGGGUCUUGCUGGCCUAUUAUACGUUUCCGAGGCAUGGCUCCCCAGUAUGGGCUGGGUGUCCCAUUUCGCCUCUUCAGGUGAAAUGGGGAGUGCCGCCUUGCCCUACCACUCUUGCCACAGCCACCGCUCCCACCACCGCCAUACUUGCUGCCACUACUGCUCCCUGCGCCACCCAUUCUGCCACUGCCGCAUGCCCUGCCACAACUGUUGCUGGCAGAGAAGCACCACCGCAGCUGUCCGUCCCUGAACUCGACUUCCCACUUAUCCAAAGCCUCUCCGCAGUCCUACCCCAGCAAUCUUCCAAAUGGUAGGCUGUUUCCCCAUACCAUCUUGCUUAGGGGAUAUAAGAACAUAAGAAGAGCUUCCGGGAUCAGGCCAGUGCCCCAUCUAGGGCAGAUGUCUGUUCUUAGCAGUGGAUAAACAGGUGCCUUUGGCAAGGUUGGAACGCGGGAGGCGCUGUGGGUAAAACCUCAGCACCUAGGGCUUGCCGAUCGCAUGGUCGGCAGUUCGAAUCCCCGCGACGGGGUGAACUCCCGUCUUUCGGUCCCAGCUCCUGCCCACCUAGCAGUUCAAAAGCACCCUUAAGUGCAAGUAGAUAAAUAGGUACCGCUUUAUAGCGGGAAGGUAAACGGCGUUUCCGUGUGCUGCGCUGGUUCUGGCUCGCCAGAGCAGCUUCGUCACGCUGGCCACGUGACCCGGAAGUGUCUCCAGACAGCGCUGGCCUCUUAAGCGAGAUGGGUGCGCAAUCCCAGAGUCGGACACGACUGGCCCGUACGGGCAGGGGUACCUUUACCUUUACCUUUGGCAAGGUUGCAAGUGGGACCCGAUUGAAACAUCACUCUGCCCACCUGCAAUUCCCAGCAACUGGCAUUCAGAGGCAGAACAUAGCCAUCGAGGCAAGUAGCCACCUAUUACUAACAUCCAGUUCAUGAGUGGAAAGUAUUGCUUUCAGACAGAAAUAAUAAUAAUAAUAAUAAUAAUAAUAAUAAUAAUAAUAAUUUAUUAUUUAUACCCUACCCAUCUGGCUCUGGGCAGUUUCCAACAAAAUAUUAAAAAUACAUUAAAACAUCAGUCAUUAAAAACUUCCCUAAACAGGGCUGCCUUCAGGUGUCUUCUAAAUGUCAGAUAGUUGUUUAUUUCUUUAACAUCUGAUGGGAGGGCGUUCCACAGAGCAGGCGCCACUACCAAGAAGGCCCUCUGCCUGGUUCCCUGCAACCUCACUUCUCGCAGUGAGGGAACCACCUGAAAGCCCUCGGUGCUGGACCUCAGUCUCCAGGCAGAACGAUGGGGGUGGAGACGCUCCUUCAGGUAUACAGUGGUACCUUGGGUUAAGUACUUAAUUCGUUCCGGAGGUCCGUUCUUAACCUGAAACUGUUCUUAACCUGAAGCACCACUUUAGCUAAUGGGGCCUCCUGCUGCUGCCGCGCCACCAGAGCACGAUUUCUGUUCUCAUCCUGAAGCAAAUUUCUUAACCCAAGAUACUAUUUCUGGGUUAGCAGAGUCUGUAACCUGAAGCGUAUGUAACCCGAGGUACCACUGUACUGGGCUGAGGCCGUUUAGGGCUUUAAAGGUCAGCACCAACACUUUGAAUUGUGCUCGGAAAUGUACUGGGAGCCACUGUAGGUCUUUAAGGAUUGGUUUUAUAGGGUCUUGGCAGCCGCUCCCAGUCACCAGUCUAGCUGCCGCAUUCUGGAUUAGAUGUAGUUUCCGGGUCACCUUCAAAGGUAGCCCCACAUAGAGCGCAUUGCAGUAGUCCAAGCGGGAGAUAACUAGAGCAUGCACCACUCUGGUGAGUCUGCGGGCAGGUAGGGUCUCAGCCUGUGUACCAGAUGGGGCACACAUUCCAGUGAUUUAUAAGUAAUCGCCAACCACCAAAUUCCAUGCUGGCCACAUGACCCGGAAGCUGUACACCAGGUACCUCAGCCAAUAAAGCGAGAUGAGCGCCACAACCCCAGAGUUGGUCACGACUAGACCUAAUAGUCAGGGGUCCCUUUACCCUUUACCUUUUUAUGACUUCCCUUGAUCUUGCUGACAAUGCCGGGCUGUGGAGUAAUGCUGGGCUAUAGCAUAGUCUAGAGGCAUGGUGUCAUUUUGCAUAAUGAAAGAGCACAAAAAAUUACAAUGCUUGUUUGGGCUGCAUGCCGAGUGGGAAAAUUCAUGCCAAGGCCCGGUCACAUGACCCCUCUCAUGCAAUGAAAUAUAUGCUGCAUGAGUCCCAGCUGCAGCUGACAAGGGUGGCCAAAUGGCACCUACUUGCUCCGCUCACCCCAAGCCAUGUGCUGCAGUUUGCAAACUUUUUCGUGUACCUUUAGAAAAGAAUCAAACAACAUCUUUGCGCCACGUGACAGCUUCCAUAUGGAUUUCUGCAACCCAUGUGGCAAGUGUAGUUCGGGAUCACAGAGUGAAUAAGGUUCAAGGAAGAUAUUGCUAUCCAUGGCUACUAACCCUGAUGAUGAUAACAACAACAACAACAACAACAACAACAACAACAACAACAUUUUAUUUAUAUCCCGCCCUCCCCAACCGAAGCCGGGCUCAGAGCAGCUAACAACAGUAAAAAUAACACAGUUUACAUAAAAUCAUAAUCAAUUAAUUGAAAUACAUUCUAAAAUCAAUUCAUUCUAAAAUCAAUUCAGAGUCAAAUUAAUGGAAAGAUGUCAAGUCCCACAGGGCCCUAGUCUCUUGUGACAGAGCGUUCCACCAGAUCGGAGCCACAGCCAAAAAACAGCUCUGUCUUGCAGCCCCUGCGGAAAGAUGUCAAGUCCCGCAGGGCCCUGGUCUCUUGUGACAGAGUGUUCCACCAGAUCGGAGCCACAGCCGAAAAAGCCCUGGCUCUAGUUGAGGCCAGCCUAACUUCUCUGUGGCCUGGGACCUUCAAGAUGUUUUUAUUUGAAGACUGUAAGGUCCUCCGUGGGGCAUACCAGGAGAGGCAGUCCUGUAGGUACAAGGGUCCUAGGCCAUAUAGGGCUUUAAAGGUUAAAACCAGCACCUUAAACCUGAUCCUGUACUCCACCAGGAGCCAGUGCAGCUGGUAUAGCACCGGGUGAAUGUGAUCCCAUGGCGAGGACCCCAUAAGGAGUCUCGCCGCGGCAUUCUGCACCCACUGGAGUUUCUGGGUCAGUCUCAAGGGCAGCCCCACAUAGAUGGCUAUGCUCUGCCUCCACAGUCAGAGGUAGUGUGCAAGGGAAUUCCAAACAGCAGUGGCUGAAGACAAGACAGUCAGGCUGUGUAUCCACAGCAGUGGCCAGAGAAGGAAUGACUUCUGGAAGGAGCGCAGAGAGAAGAAAUGCCAUGUUGCAUCUGCAUCAGCCCCAGCUGAAACAAAACAUGUCUCUCCCAGAUCAGUCUCUACUGCCACAGUCUCGCCUACCUCACAGGGUUGUUGUGAGGAUAAAAUGGAAAGGAAAUACCCAUGUACACCAACUACCAGGAGGAAAGGUGAGAAAUAAAUGUUGUGGUAAUAAUAAUAAUUAUAAUAAUACUCUCUCCUCAUUAGGGAAUGGGUCCUAUUAAAAACUGCUUUGGACAUUGCUACCAUUUGCAGGAAGUGUCAAAUUGAAUAAGGACACACUUGGAAGACCCACGGCAAUUAAAUUUAGAAUUCUGUUUUUAUGAUUCACCAAAUAUUGAUACUUUUGCUGAAAUAAGCUAAUAAGAUGUUUGCUUGUUUGUUUGGCCUGCCCAUUUGCUAGAACACAAUGUAGUCAUUGUAGCACAUGACAGAGGGAAGGGAUUACCAACUCAGGGCUGAUUUCAUUCUGCCAGUGCCCAGCAGUAACAAAAGACUCUUCUUAACAUUUGCUUCCUCCCAAUAUCCGCCUAAAAGACAAACCACUUUAUGUCUAAGCCUGAAUAAAACAAAAGCAAAAAAAAAAAGGAUAGCAAAUACCGGAACUAUAAACGUCAUAUGAUUCCUCAUCCUAUGAGCAAUGAUAUCCAACAAACUUGUUCCCCAUCAGUACAAGGAUUUCUGGUGGAAAGAAUCCCUGGAACUGAUAUAGGCCAAGUUCAGUGGGUGGACAGAGAGGAAGUUCCAUUGUACAAGCAGAAAUCCUUGUGCUGAUGGAACGAAUUAUUCAGAUACUGCCUCAUAUUUUUAAAAUGUGGUUGCAGCACAGCAUUCCUCUUCUGAGCUACACAUUUACAAAUCAUGCACAGUGUAUUUAGUACAGUGGUACCUCUGGUUACUAACUUAAUUCGUUCUGGUGGUCCGUUCUUAACCUGAAACCGUUCUUAUUCUGAGGUACCACUUUAUCUAAUAGGGCCUCCCGCUGCCGCCGCACCGCCAGCACGCAAUUUCUGUUUCAUCCUGAGGUAAAGUUCUUAACCUGAGGUACUACUUCCGGGUUAGCGGAGUCUGUAACCCAAAGUGUUUGUAACCCGAGGUACCACUGUAAAGGGGGUAACAAUUUAUCCCUGGUAGUGAAAGCAUAGCUACGCAGCCCUGGUCUCCUGAAGAUCUGGCUCUGCUUCUCAGAAGGAAUAUUUUGGCGAAAGAUGGCAAAAAUAACAAAUAAAUGACAGAAUAGGGAUAGUAAUUUGAUUCAGCUUGCAUAUAAAGAUGGACCUGCCAAAUUCACCCUUUCCAAACCAUUGUUUGAACUGAAAUACAAAUUGUCCUUUGACAUUUCCACUCCUCUGAAUUUUGCGAUGCACUUCUCCAGGCAAGUAAUGUGUAAAAAAAAUACAUACAUGAGGGUAUAGUGUGCCUUAAAAUAUGCACAUGAUUUUUUUUAAAAAAACAGCAUCCCAAAAUGCAUUAUAUGUGGGGAAAUUGCUAUGCAAAAAUGUGUAUGUCAGGCAAGGCUGGCCCUACCAUUACAAUAAUACAAACAAAACACGUAGGCUGUUAGUUAGUAGAAAAUAUAUAGUGGAAUAAUGAUAUCAUUCAAAUUAUAGGAGUAAGCCAAUCAUCUCAAAAGUUUCAAAAGUAAAGUCUCUCAAUAAUCUUCUAUUGAAACUUUUGAAAGACUGUUGAGAGACUGUCCUGUUUUGAACACAUGGCUUGACGGUCCUCGCUACCACUCUUUUAUUGUACAUAUAAACUUUGAUUGGCUUACUCCUAUAAUCUGAAUGAUAAAAUUAUUCUAUUACAGUUUUGUGUAUGGGAUCCGUUCCGGAGCCCUGGCCGCUAGCUGAAAAGGACGCAGGGCAAAGUGCUGCCUCUGCGCACACGCACGAAGUGGUUUGUGCUUCUGCGCAUGCACGAAGCGUGAUUUAGAGCUUCUGCGCAUGCGUGAGUGGCAAACCCGGAAGUAACCUGUUCUGGUACUUCCAGGUUUCCUGCAGCCGUUCACUGGAAUGGACACUAGACAAGGUGGAUGUUCACAGAGGUAUUACCAUAUAUAUUUUCUACUAACUAUUAGUAGUUGUGAUUGGUUCUUACUGCAACACAGGGGUUUGUUUUUGGCCCUACCAUUAGACAGAGCGAGGCAGCUGCCUCAGGUGGCAGGUGCUGGGGGGUGGCAGCAGUCUCCUCACCAUUUCCCCUCAGCAGAGGCAGCUCCAUUUGAGGAAAUGGGGCAGUGCCAUACCAACCCCAGCCUGCCCUGAACCAGCCCCACCUGCUGGUUCUUACACACAACCAGUCAGGGGACAGCUCUGCCUGUCAUGGGCUCUGGCUUCAUCUCCUACUGUCAGGCUUCCUGUCUUCUGCCAUACCAAUCCCAAUAGGCACCAGUCACCACCAUUCUCCCUCAGUCCCCUAAGCCAGACUGCUCUGCCCUGCCAUACCUGGCCUGCUGUCCUUAGGCCCGCCGAAAGACGCAGCCCCUUCAACUGUGUUGAAGUAAGGUUCAACUGCCUGUCAUAAUCGGGGGGCGCCAUUUUGUCCUUUGCCUCAGGCAGCAAAGCAGCUAGAGCCGGCCCUGAUAUUGGGCAGAUAUGGCAUACAAAAAAUGGCAUACAAAAAGGUGUCUAUCAGGAGAAAUUCUCACAAAAAUGCGGGCGAUUUUUUAUGAGGGCUUUGAAAAACAACAACCCACCAGCUGAUAUGGAAAUGUGGGGAACUGACCUUAACAGCUGAGGAAUAGGAAGCUGAGAGGGAGGGAAUUCCACAAUUUAGGGGCUGCCACCGAGAAAGCCCUGUCGCUGACCACCAUUUCCAGCACUUCUAAGUCUGGUGGAACUACUAGGAGAGACCCCACCCCUUCCACAAAUCUUUCCCCAAAAUGAAAACAUCCAAACAAAACUUAUUUUCCAUUAUUGUGCCUCAUUUUAGUCCCACACAGGGAGCAAAGUACAGUGCAUACACAUUGACAAUCUGAACUGAGGCUUUGUGUAGUGUGAAUGAAUUAAAUAUUUUUGGCUGUGGCUGCAUUUUUUCCCUUCUUCCUGGAAAUGAAUGAAUUGUUUUUCUGCUCAUUUGGAAAAACCCAAUUAACCUUAAUAACAACUCUUUAAAAAAAAAAAAGACUUCCACUGACAUCCAUUGAGUUGGUAGCUCCUUCAACAGUCCCAUUCACAGGAAAAGUUGCGCGCAAUGAAUUGGGUGUCAAAUUUGUGAGCUGAUAAUAUCCAAAAUCUUUUUUAAAAGAAAGGGAAAGGGGGGGGGAAUAACCUCUCUGGGCUGCUGGAGGCUUGUACCUUUUGUUCAAUGAACACUUGAGUUAUUUUUAUGAACAGCUGACCUAGAUUCUCCACCUGAAUUAAAAUGUCCCCCUGCAGCUCAGUAAAGACAGAAAUUCGCAAGUUGCCCAAAAGCUUUUAAGCAUGGAACUAAAAAUGAGUCUCAGCUUUGCAAGGGGAAAAGCAGCGCCCAUUAGUCAUAGAAGAGAUUUUGAAAAUAUGCCUAUGGAGCAAAAUACAAGUUACUGUACUUCAGUGUCUAAGGCUGGCACUAAUAUUAGGGAAUGUGAGGUGGUCACCUCUGGAAUCUGGGGUUGAGGGCAAGUGCCCCAUAGCUGUUCCUCCUGGGCUUCCUCCCAUCCACCUGAGCUAUUGCACCAGAAGAAGCCUUGCUUGCUUGCUACUGCGUAGGCCAGCUGGUUCAUCUAACCAUAUGACACCAGUCCUGAAAAAGCUACAUUGGCUCCCAGUACGUUUCCGAGCACAAUUCAAAGUGUUGGUGCUGACCUUAAAGCCCUAAACGGCAUCGGCCCAGUAUACCUAAAGGAGUGCAUACAUCCCCAUCGUUCAGUCUGGACACUGAGGUCCAGCACCGAGGGCCUUCUGUUGGUUCCCUCACUGCAAGAAGUGAGGUUACAGGGAACCAGGCAGAGGGCCUUCUCGGUGGUGGCGCCCGGCCUGUGGAACACCUCCCGUGAGAUGUCAAGGAAAUAAACAACUAUCUGACUUUUGGAAGACAGCUGAAGGCAGCCCUGUUUAGGGAAGUUUUAAAUGUUUGAUGUUUGAUUGUGUUUUCAAUAUUUUGUUGGAAGCCGCCCAGAGUCGCUGGGGAAACCCAGCCAGAUGAGCAGGGUAUAAAUAAUUUUUUAAAAAUUAUUAUUAUUAUUAUUAUUAUUAUUAUUAUUAUUAUGCCUGGCGUGCUCUGGUCCAUGGGGUCACGAAGAGUCGGACAUGACUAAAUGACUAAACAACAACAACAGUGGUCUUCUCCCAACACAGCUCAGUGUCCUAGGGGAAGGCCCUGACUGAGUGAGCUGGCAGAGAGGCAGCCAGCCCAGGUCACACCCUCUAGCAGAUAUAAUGCAUAUCCAUAUGUUUCUCUGGUCCAGGCACCCCCAAACUCAGCCUUCCAGCUGUUUUGGGACUACAACUCCCAUCAUCCCUAGGUAACAGGACCAGUGGUCAGGGAUGAUGGGAACUGUAGUCCGAAAACGGCUGGAGGGCUGAGUUUGGGGGUGCCAGGUCUAUAGGAGCCAAAUCCUAGGGACCAAGGGGUCUUCAGCCCCCCCCCAUAAAUUAUUUGAGAGGGCUGCCCCCCCCCAAGUUGAUGGGCAUGGCUAUUCAAAUGGUGUGUGUGCAACGUGUCAUGUGAUUGAUUAUGCGGGGCAGGGUUCUGGUCACAUAAUUCACGGUGGUGCUGGGACAGCUGCAUUGCAGCACAUGCUUGAAUGACCAGGCCUAGAUCUUAUUAGUUUUAUUUUUUAUUUAUUAAAUUUGUAUGCCGCCCUUCAUCCACAGGUCUCUGGGCAGUUCACAAUGCAAAAUUGCAAUACAAAACCCACAAAAAUACAUAGUAAAAAUAAGAACAACAACAAACCAAUAAUCCCCAGUCUCACAACACAUUUAAAAGGGCAUCGAAUGUCCAUCAGCCAAAGGCUUGGUUGAAGAGGGAUGUUUUCACCUGGCACCUAAAGGUGUAUAAUGAAGGUGCCAACCAAACCUAACUGGGGAGAACUUUCCACAAAUGGGGAGCCACUGCAGAAAAGGCCCUUUCAGAUUCAGCAAGCUGGUAGCCUGAUUGGAUAACCCUAGUAUUGGUUCUAGUAUUACACAGGAGGGAAGAAAAUUUACAUUUCUAUCUGCUUUCUUUACAACAUGGAAACUUUUAUGAACCUUGAUCCUCUCUCCCUUUACUUUCCUUCUUUCUACAUUAAAAUGCCCAGUUGCAUAUGGGCUUACCCCAAGGAUGGUGGUAUCAGGAUCUUGUAAUAAAUAAGCACAUUUGCUAUGCUAUAUGCUUCUGGUGGGUUGUUUUGUUUGCAGCUGAAUUCUGCAUUUUGUUCUACGCUGUUCAAUUUUAUUGAAUAAUUCUGUUUUGGACCGUGUAUAUUUCCACCCUGGGACCUUCAAGUUAAGGGUGCAUGCUGUUCAUAAACAGAUAAAUGAAACUAAUUGGGAGUAAUUUUUAAAGCGGUCUUUUCUCAAAAGCCUUUCAUUCUGUAAACAUCUGGGCAACAAACUGCAAAGUAGGGCACAUUCCUUUCUCUGGGAGAAUUUGCCAGAGAGCUGUUUAUUUUUAGAGACCUGUUUAAUGCUAUGGUUUAUUUAUACGGGUAAAAAAGAAAUGCGGCGAUUGCUUUAUUCUCUUCACGCCCCCUCCCCCUUCCCUUAAGUUUCACACUGAGAUCAGGUGUUUGCCUCUUCGGAAAUAAAAUUAGACUUGAAUCUAGAAGCUUAGAAACCCCAAAGACCUGAUCUUUUGUAAUGCACUUCUGCAAAAGAAACAGUACCCAGUGAAUUCUUGGCAGCCAGGAAUCCAAAGACAGGAAGGAGAGGGGAGGAGGUGAAAGACCAAGAAUCAGCUUAUCAGUGAAGGACAAACACACACCUACGCAAAUUGCCUAGGGACACAACAUGGGCAGGAGAAUCUGCCCACUCAUCAUCUGGAGAGAGAGACAUGGUGUUGAAAGGUAGUUUUGAAAGAUUGCAGACAACACACAGCAGAGAUGAAGGAUCUUUUUCAGACCAGGGGCCACAUUCCCUUCCAAGUUCCCCUUCCAGCGGUAGCAUGCCGGUGGGCGGGGCCAGAGGCAAAAUGGGCGUCGCAAGAAAUGUAAAUUUCUUUCUCGUAAUAUUCAAUAAAACUGAAAGUUCAGAGAUAGCGUCCCCUUUGCCACUUAAGACUGAGCUAUAUAGCUGCAAAUAAGACGUUUCAAAUGUGUUGUAAAGCGCAAUAUACAAAUGGGACACUAGAUGGCAACUGUGAGCUACGGCAAAUUCAAUGCAUUUUUCAAAAGUUUUUUUAAAAAAAGCAUUUUCACAGCCUUUUUUUUUUUUAUAAAUAUUUAUUCCAAUUUUAAAAAUUACAAAAAAAGAAAAAAGUAGAAAAAGAAAAACAAAUCACAUACAUCUUAUACAAAAAACAAACAAUACAAAAGAAAAAUACAAAAGACAAAAAAUCACCAUAAAAAGGUAACAAAAAAUCAAAUUAAACCUUUAAAACCGUUUUCACAGCCUUUUUUUAUAUGUGUGUAGAUUCCACCUGAGCUCCUCUAAGUAAUGAUAUUUCAGAGACUGUUUUUAAGAGUUCAUUUUUGAACUUUUUAAAUUAAAAACAACAGCAACAACAACAACAGUGUUGUUCGCCAGAAGCGGCUUAGUCAUGCUGGCCACAUGACCCAGAAGCUGUACGCCGGCUCCCUCGGCCAAUAAAGCGAGAUGAGGGCCGCAACCCCAGAGUCGUCUGCGACUGGGCCUAAUGGUCAGGGGUCCCUUUACCUUUAAAGAAGCAGUUAAAAGAGAAAAUCCAUCAAAAUCUGAGAAGUCAUUCACUGAAAGGUUGUUGGGGUGUUUUUUUUUGCAAAGGAAGGACUUUUUCAAAGGACUACCAGUUCCAAGUUCUACAUAAAGUGGCCACCAAUAUAGACAGGUUUACAACGAGGGAUUAAACAAAUUCAUAUGGGGGAGUGGUUUGAGGUUUAACCACAAAGGCUACUGACUCAGAUUGUUGAGGAUCAAAAGGGAGCAUGCACCUGAAUUAGAGGUGGGCAGAAGGUACAUUUGGAUCUACUGCUAGAUCUCUGGCUGUUAUGUAGUACAUUGCCAGUAGGACUUGCAACAGAUUCUGACUCCCAGCUGAGCCUGGUAAAGAGGGAUCCUUACCAGGAUCAGCCUCAAGGGUCAAAGUUGGCAAGUGGGCAGGGCUGGCGAAGAUGCCAGGGGGCUGACAUCAUUAUGAUGUCACAUGGAUUGGCAAUCAGGCUGUCCCGCCCACCUGUCAAAAUCCCUGGCACACAUUUCCCAAGCGUCUUGCCGCUACUACGGGCGGCGAAGGGGGAAGAGAGAUUUUUCUCUCCUUCCCACAGCAGUAGAAGGGUGGUUAUUGUUUUUAAAUGACUUUUAUCCAAUUUUGUGGCUUUCACUAGUAAAUUAGUAUGUGUUACACCACUUUGAGUGGCUUAUGGGUAGGUAAUCUAUGAAAUGCAAUAACUAAAUUAAAAAUACGCACACGACAGCGAGUGUGAAUACACAACUGAUUACUAUGCUGAGGCAACCCCUCCACCCUAGCACAUUCUUAAAUAAAUCCUAUUUUUAGAUCUCCUUGUUCUGCAGGUUUGUCCACGCUCCAUCUAAUUGUACUCCAAGACAAAGUCCAGCAUCUAUUAUGCAUUUUCCAGCGACUUCUUGAUAGCAGUAGAUUGGUUACCAUGGCAAAUACAACCCUGUUUGCAUAUAUAGAGGAACAGAGCAGCGGAAAUGGAUAGAUAAUGCCAUGCCUGAAACUACAUAGAAAGCUUUUAAAGCAUAUAUAUAUAUAUAUAUAUAUAUAUAUAUAUAUAUAUAUAUAAUGUUCUGUAGAGCAGAAAUCAGUGCUUCAGAACAUCAUACAUAAUUCACUGCAUUUGGAAACCUACAAAAGAAGGCCAGAGCAAUGUAGUGAAUUUGGUGGGUAAGGAUGGGUCUAAAUCAUGGGUAGGCAAACUAAGGCCCGGGGGCCGGAUCCGGCCCAAUCGCCUUCUCAAUCCGGCCUGCGGACGGUCCGGGAAUCAGUGUGUAUUUCCAUGAGUAGAAUGUGUCCUUUUAUUUAAAAUGCAUCUCUGGGUUAUUUGUGGGGCAUACGAAUUCGUUCAUUUCCCCCCCCAAAAAAAAAAAAUAGUCCGGCCCCCCACAAGGUCUGAGGGACAGUGGACCGGCCCCCUGCUGAAAACGUUUGCUGACCCCUGGUCUAAAUCCUUCCAGAGCCAUGAAACUCACUGAGCGACUUUCAGCUAGUCACUUCUCUCAGCCUAGCCUACCUCACCUCACAGGGUUUUUCUGAAGCUUUUAAAAAGGGCCUCAGGCCGAAAUUGAGUUCCUUGGACAAAGAUUGAGCCACAAAGAUGACAACAGGAACUUGGCAUGUGAUAGCGCAGCCUGUAAAGUAAAAUUCUUAGGAGAGCAAAAGGGGAGGGGAUUUUACAAACAUCAGUGGAUCUUUCGAAGCACUUUCCCUACAGGGAAACCUUACAGGGGUUUUAUGGGGCAUGCAGUUAUCCCAGGAUUUCUCUUCCUUUUGUCUGUUCUUUUUCCAAAACAGAAGAUACGACUGGAAUGUGUGCAGAGGAGGGCGGACAAGAUGAUCGAGGGUCUGGAAAGCCAAGCCUUAUGAGGAACGGUUGAAGGAGCUGGGUAUGUUUGGCCUAGAAAAGAGAAGGCUGAGAGGAGAUAUGAUGGCCAUCUUGGAGGGUGGUAGCCUCUCCUUCCUUGGAGGGUUUCAAGCAGAGGUUGGAUGACCAGCUGUGACAGGUGAUUUAGUUGAGAUUCCUGCAUUGGAGGAGGGUUGGACUAGAUGACCAUUGGUGUCCCUUCCAACUCUAUGAUUCUAUGACUUUUGGGAAAGAUCUGAAAUGGCAGCACACACAAACACAUGUGUGGGUUCUUUGUGCUUCCUUGCACUUUUACUAUUGAGCUUCUGCUUGGUAUAGUUUAGCCAUACGCAGUGAUGUUUUCCAACACCACACAACCUCUCUUCCAAUUGCUCCUCACCUGAUCAUACCUGGGCUACUUGUCCACAUAAACAGAUGCAUCAUGAUGUUUAUCAAAACCAGCAAACAACAAAGCAAAACAGCAUGGGGAAAAAGAAACUGGUGCAAAAAAUUAAAUAGCAAGAAAAAUAUAUGUGUAUCGAAAGAUCAUAUGAAAUGGAAGUUAGAGCUGGACCAUAAAGAAGGCUGAUCACCGAAGAAUUGAUGCUUUUGAAUUAUGGUGCUGGAGGAGACUCUUGAGAGUCCCAUGGACUGCAAGAAGAUCAAACCUCUCCAUUCUGAAGAAAAUCAGCCCUGAGUGCUCACUGGAAGGACAGAUCCUGAAGCUGAGGCUCCAAGAUUUUGGCCACCUCAUGGGAAGAGAAGACUCCCUGGAAAAGAACCUGAUGUUGGGAAAGAUGGAGGGCACAAGUAGAAGGGGACGACAGAGGACGAGAUGGUUGGACGGUGUUCUCGAAGCUACAAACAUGAGUCUGACCAAACUGCGGGAGGCAGUGGAAGACAGGAGUGCCUGGCGUGCUCUGGUCCAUGGGGUCACAAAGAGUCGGACACGACUAAACGACUAAACAACAACAAUCGAAAGAUAAAAGGCUUGGGAGAAGAAAAGGGUAUUUUCUCAAGAUCUAUAACAUAGCUGACAGGUCAGCCUCUCUGGGGAUGCUAUUCCAUGAAUGGAGUGCCACCACCGAUAAGGCCCUUUUCCUAGAAGACAUCUGCCCACCCAACUUCUUUAGGCAAAUGAACCUGAUGAAGGGCCCUAUGGCAUCUACCUGCAUACAGAUGAUAGCUUAUCAGAAACUUGCGACUGGUAAAGUAGAGCUGUCAUUCGAGAGACACGUUCACUUUGGCCUGCAUGUUAAUGAAAAAGCUACCUGGUUCACACUUCCUGAAAAAUACAGGAACUGAAACCCAGCCAACCUUUGAUAUUCACGCCUCUCCAAAUUUUGCAAUGCUGUUCUCCAACCUCCAAAUGUCAUUACAGCAAAAAAAAAGGCAUAUAUUCUUGAAAUAACAGAAUGCAUAUAUAUAUAUAUGGGGAAAUUGCUUGGAAAAAAUUGUAUAUUAGGCAAGAUUGCACUAAAAAUUGUGUGUAUUAGGAGGAAGCAAAAAUGAUGGUGAAUUUUCAUGAGGACUUAUAACAUUAAUUAAAAACUGGUGUAGGAAUGCGGCAAACCGAACUUUGGAUGAGAAAAAUAAGAACGAGAGAAACCUAAAUUGAUAGAUUCACCCAUCCCUGGCUGUCGUUGCUCAGGAUAGACACAUUUUUGUUAAACAAAGAAAUUGCAUUCCACUGGGGUCUCUAGUCAAACCUGUUUUGCAGGAUUUAAAGGCUGAAACAGGGGGGCACUAAAGGCUGCAUUUCGUGUUGUGGUCGUAUGAGUCUUGCCAACUCACAGCUAAUGACGCUCCUCAGUGAUGCUCUCAGUGAUCAAUAUUGACUCGCGGUCAGGGGCGCUAUUUUGAGGCAGGGGCUGAGCCCCCCAAUAUUGAGGGGACGCCCGACCCCCCCAGGCGAGCGCUGGCAUGCCGGGCAGGAGAAGAGGUUUGGAGGGCGAUUUUCACCCCCUGUGUCCUCUGCUGCGAUCGCCAGAGCAUCCCAGCAGCAGGGGCAUAGGAAGUGGGGGGUGGUCCGCCGCAGGUUCCAUCAUGGAGGGGGGUGACAAAUUAUCAAGGAACAAUUGCUGCCCUACUAGGGCAGUUCAAAAAAAACUUUUUUAAAAAAAAUGCGGCUCCAAAGGUCUUAUCUUACUACACUAGGGUUUAUAUAGCUAUAUAUGAAAUUUCAUGCAUAUCAGUUAAUAUCUUGACCCUCCUUCACAAAAAUAGCUGUUUACUUGGCCGUUUUCCUGUGUUGUGAAGGCUGAAAUUUCAAGUCAGUGGAGCACUUACUGUUCCCAACCCUAACCCUGCAGAAAGCCAUCUAAUUAGACUUUAAUUUGAUUUUGACAUGUUUUUAGGAGGUAAUUUAAUUAUUGUUUGAUUUUAUACCAGUGUUAUGUAUUUGAUGUUAGCCGCCCUGAGCUUGACUUCGGCCGGGGGGGGGGAUGUAAAUAAAAGUUUAUUAUUAUUAUUAUUAUUAUUAUUAUUAUUACUUAUUAUUACCGUAUUUUUCGCCCUAUAGGACGCACCGGCCCAUAGGACGCACCUAGUUUUCAGGGGGGGAAAUCAAGGAAAAAAAUAUGAUUUCCCCCCCGCAGCUCUGGGAGCAGUGGACAGGCUGCACGCAGCCUGUGCGCUACUCCAAGACCUUCUCCCUGCUUUUGCGGGAGGUGGCGGAAUUCCCCCACCUCCCUCAAAAGCCCACAGGAGCCCCGCGUGACUCCUGCGGGCUUUUCGACCAGGAGGGAGAAGGGACUGAAACGGCCAGUCAGUCCCUUCUCCCUCCUCGGGGAAAAGCCCCCAAGAGCGGCGCGCUCUUUAAAGGGUGUGCGGCUCCUGCGGGCUUUUCUAGGAGGUGGGGGAAUCCCCCCCCCCCGUAGAAAAGCCAUCAGAAGCCGCGGAGCCCCUUUAAAGAGCACGCGGCUUUUGCCUGCUUUUGCGGGAGGUGGGGGAAUUCCCCCAUCUCCCGCAUAAGCCCAAAGGAGGGUUGGAGAGUAGCGGGAAGGCGUCGUGCACCUUCCUGCUGCCCCCCAUCCUCUGGGGCUGGCGAUGGGGGAAGCACUCCUUUCCCCACCGCCAGCCUCAAACCCACGUUGGAGAGUAGCGGGAAGGCGUCACGCGCCUUCCUGCUGCCCCCCAUCCUCUGGGGCUGGCGAUGGGGGAAGCGCUGCUUUCCCCACCGCCAGCCUCGAAGCCAGGUUGGAGAGUAGCGGCAAGGCGUCGCGCGCCUUCCCGCUGCCCCCCAUCCUCUGGGGCUGGCGAUGGGGGAAGCGCUGCUUUCCCCCACCGCCAGCCUCAACGAGCAGACUCUCCUGGCUUCAGCGGAAGCAACGCGAAGCCUCUGGAGCACAGGCUUCGGAGGCUUCGCGUUGCUAUCGCUGAAGCCAAGGAGUCUGCAUUCGCCCCAUAAGACGCACACACAUUUCCCCUUCAUUUUUGGAGGGGGGGAAAGUGCGUCUUAUAGGGCGAAAAAUACGGUAUUCCUUUGUAAGAAAAUAUGAAAUAACGUAAAACCAUUUUUGCAGGCAAAAAUAAAAUAAAAAUCAAUGUGUGGGGGGGUGACAAGAAAUUUUCCGCACCGGGUACCACCUGACCUUCCUACACCUCUGCCCAUCAGGGGCCUGCCCGUCCCAGCAGAUGUGGCCAGAUGGGCUGGGGCAUCGCACGUGUGACGUCAUGCAUGUGCAACAGCCCCCCCAAAAAAUGUUGGGCCCAAAUCAUGUGCCUGCUUGCAGUACAACCCUACACAUGACCCCCAUUCUCUUCCAAACCUUCCAGAAAGCACACAAGUCCUUUCGAUGCUAUGUGGGCCUGAUUUGGUCUGGCUUCAAAGCUGGUUCGGCCGUCUGUAUGGCAGGAGUUAGGAACUUCGGACAUACCUGCUCUGGAGGUUCACUAGCAGGGCAUGAGAGCAAUAUUUAAUAUUUGUCUCUAGCAAUGGGUCACUAAGAUAUACUGCUCUUGAACAUGGAAGCUCUGUGUAUAAUAAUCUAAUCUCCCUUAGCACCCAGUUUCCAACUAUGGUCAGAUGGAUGCUUCAAGGAUGCUCAGGAACAGGAUACCAUGGAGAGAGACAUUUCCUGUUGUUUUUCCAGCAUCUGCUAAUUAGAUAUAUCAACAACCUCUGUACGCGAAGGAUUCAUUUUAAGUGUUUGUGGUUAACUGUCAGCGGCAUGGGGCACACCAGGACUGUCCCUGGAAAACAGAGACACUUGGAAGGUAUGGCAAGGCGGGGCCUGGUUUGUCUACUAGCAGAUUGCAAUUGGUUUAGCUGCAGGUUGUUGAGCACUUUUUAAGAUCUUGGCAGGCCAGAUUAGGCUUGUGGGUCAAUGGUUCACCACGCUUGCUCUUUCAUUACUCCAAUCCUUUUAAAUAUUAAAAUACACAGUUUUUAAAAUACAGUGGUACCUCGGGUUAAGUAAAUUCGUUCCGGAGGUCUGUUCUUAACCUGAAAUUGUUCUUAACCUGAAGCAUCACUUUAGCUAAUGGGGCCUCCUGCUGCCGUCGUGCCGCCAGAGCACGAUUUCUGCUCUCAUCCUGAAGCAAGGUUCUUAACCCGAGGUACUAUUUCUGGGUUAGCAGAGUCUGUAACCUGAAGCGUAUGUAACCUGAAGCUUAUAAAACCCGAGGUACCACUGUAUUACACAUUGGUAGUUAUUUUACAGCAUGUGUUUUCACAGAAAGCAAAGACCAAUAGCCAAACCUUAUUCUUUUACAGUGGUACCUCGGGUUACAUACGCUUCAGGUUACAUCCGCUUCAGGUUACACAUGCCGCUAACCCAGAAAUAAUGCUUCAGGUUAAGAACUUUGCUUCAGGAUAAGAACAGAAAUCGGGCUCCGGCGGCGCGGCAGCAGCAGGAGGCCCCAUUAGCUAAAGUGGUGCUUCAGGUUAAGAACAGUUUCAGGUUAAGAACAGACCUCCGGAAUGAAUUAAGUACUUAACCUGAGGUACCACUGUAUUUGGAAGAACCAUUCAGAUGGGGGUUUUUCUCUUCUCGUUUUGGAACAUGAUUUCCUGUGGCCAGGGGGGGAGGGAAGUUACAUGGGAGCUACAAACCGCUAAAGCAUUCAAAAAAUGUGACCGGCUGUUUCAAUCACAUGACCUUGGGCUCAUUAUGAAAUAGUCCUGCGUUUCCACUCUGCCCCUGCAGCAGCUAAGCUCACACAGGGCAAACCUCCUCUGCCACCUCCUCCAUAUGCUUUUCAGAAUUCAUGGGAAAAAGAAGGGUGUGAGGCAGCAAGGAAAACAUCGAGCAUUUUUAAAAUAAUUGCGCUGACUGCAUCAGGAGAAAUAAUACAAAAACAGGAAGAAGGAAAGGGUGUCAAAUGGUAUUUUAAUCAGGAAAGAAAGCAACACUCGUUAACACUCUUCUCAUUAGGAGAAGAGAAAUGCUGUCGGGCAAGGAAGGGGAAAUCUCAUGCCUAGGGGUCGUCUCUCCCCAAGCUUUGCACCCUUCUUUAGUGUUUUUGCCUGACUGGAACUCUUGAGAAAGUUUCUGUCUUGCCUGGUUGGACGAUAAAAAGGGAUGUGUGAGAGGGAAGGAACUAACCUACCGGUCAAAGGUAAAAUUCGCAUUGUCAACUUUUGCCUGCGGCCCUCAGAAAGUUGUUCCGAAGGCAAUGUGGCUCUCAGGCUGGAAAAAAGUUCCCCACCCCUACGGUAAGGAGCCCAUACCAGGCAAACCAGACGCCCAAGCAGCACCAUACAUGGAACUUUAGCAUCCUGUUUUAUUUCUUAAGACAUUUCUUUUCACCGUCAUCCAGUUCAAUAUGGCACCCUUUCCCUUCUUUGCUUUGACGCUUGGGAAAAAAGUGUGUGGCUGUUUAUUUGCUGCACUCACGUUUAACCUUCUAAUCGGGUAGUAUUCCAGUAAGCAUUUUUAUACCGAUGCACCAAAUGCCUGUUACAGUGGUACCUCAGGUUACAUACGCUUCAGGUUACAGACUCCGCUAACCCAGAAAUAUUACCUCAGGUUAAGAACUUUGCUUCAGGAUGAGAACAGAAAUUGUGCUUCAGUGGCGCGGCAGCAGCAGGAGGCCCCAUGAGCUAAAGUGGUGCUUCAGGUUAAUAACAGAUUCAGGUUAAGAACGGACCUCCAGAACGAAUUAAGUACUUAACCCGAGGUACCACUGUAUUAUGAUCUGUGGAGUGUGUGGGCAGAGAUGAUUUAUACAGUGGACCCUCUAGUUAUGUACCGCUCUAGAUACAUAACCUUCAGGUUAUGAACGCGGGAAACCCGGAAGUGUAUACUUCCAGGUUUUGCCAUGCGCGCAUGCGCAGAAGCACUCAAUUGCGCCCCACUUGUGCAGAAGUGGCACCUCUGCCUACGGACUUUUCGGGUUGCAGACGGACCCCCAGAAUGAAUUUACCGUAAUUCGUAUCCACUGUACACCGCAAAGAUCCACGGCAGAGGAAUCCACUGGACACACUGCAACCUACUGUGGGAUCUAUCUCAGAAAAAAAAGGCUGUGAUGGGGGAGGUGACUUUUUUAUUGUUAGCACAAUGCUAUACACUCGGACAUGUCACAUAUGAAAAUAGGGACAUUCUUGAAAGACAGAGGAGAUGAACAUUUUUGGCCCGGCAGGCCAGAUUGCUACCUGUCCCCACCCUUGAGGGCCAGCUUUGACAGGUGGAUGGGACAACCCACCUGUCAAUCACUUGGAAUCAUUAUGACAUCAGACAACGGACAGGUCCAUUGUCCCACCCAUCUGUCAAAGUUCUUUGCGCUGUAAUUCCCAAGCGCCUGACAGACAGGUGGUUGUUGUGUUUGUUAUAUUGUAAUUUUAUGUUGUGAACCGCCCUGAGAUCCACGGAUUAAGGGUGGUACACAAAUUUAAAUAAUAAUAAUAAUACAACCAUGCAUACCACCUUGAGCUCCUUGGGGGAAAGGUGUGGUAUAAAUGUAAUAACUAAAUACUCUAUCUGUAUUGGAUCUGUGUCUAUAUCAAUGUUGGAUUUGACAUUGUUUUUAGAGAUGUUUUUACUUUCAAACGGCUUCAGGGUAUUCCAUAGGAAAUGAUUGAUCAAUGAAACCAAAUGAAAGAGUGAAGAAAGAGUGCAACAAUACAGCAUUAAACAUUAAAAACUUCCCUAAACAGGGCUGCCUUCAACUGUCUUUUAAAAGUAGGAUAGUUGCUUAUUUCCUUGACAUCUGAUGGGAGGGCAUUCCACAGGGAGCCACUACAUGGAAGGCCCUCUGCCUGGUUCCCUGUAACCUCACUUCUCCCAGUGAGAGAACCGCCAGAAGGCCCUCGGUGCUGGAUCUCAGUGUCCGGACUGAAUGGUGGGGGUGGAGAUGCUCCUUCAGGUAUACUGGGCCGAGGCCAUUUGGGCUCCUGCCAAGGGUCCAGGUGACUCCCCUCCCAGCAAGGUGCCCGCUGACAAGAGCCAUCAGGACCUGCUCGCCUUCUUCACUCCUGCAGCCUUAUUGCUCAUCUGCCUCUCACUCUGGCCCAGAGGAGAUGGGGAGCUGAACAACUGCCAUGGUGAGAAGGAAGAAGUCACAGCCAUUAUCUGCUUGCUCAUUGGCUCUGCCUGGCAGGCAAACGGGUGGUAGUAAUGAUAGAAGCAGAGGAGUAGCAACAGCUGGCCACUAGUGGGUGGAAGGAUCUGUCAAUCUCAGCUCUCUCCAGUUGCCCUUUCCCCAAUCUUAAAUCGAGUUCUCCGCAUUUGGCAACAAUAGGCAAUUUUUUAUUUUAAAAAAUCCUCACGAAAAAGUCUCCUAACAAACACAUUUUUACUAAUUUUUGCAAUAUGGUGCGUUUUCGUACAUUAUUUUCACUAAUUUCUUUGUUUUCAUGCACACUUUCCCUAAUACGUGCAUUUUUCGUAAACAUAGCAGGGUUGCAAAACCGCAUUGCAAAUCUCGCGUGAAUGCCGAAAAAUAGCAAUGUUCUGGUUUGCCUACUGCCUGAAAAAGCACACAUAUGAUAGAUUUGGCUUUAAAUGUGUUACUGUAUUGAAUUUCUCCUCCACUCUUUGAGGCAAUAACAGCUGGGAGGGGUCCCCCCCCCAAAAAAACCUGAAGCCGGCACUGCUAGUAUCCUACAACCAGAAUUACUUGUGUAAUUGUCUGCUUUGCAUGCAUGUCCCGGGGUCAGGGGUGAGGCUUUGCAAAGUUCACUGACUCAGCGCCUGCAGUAUUCAGCAGGGGCAAGCUUUCCAAAGGCCUCUUUUAAGUUAAUACCCAUUUAUUAUGCUGUGGAAGAAUGAAGGCUGACUGUAUGUUCCAGCACAGCUAAAUCCUGCUUUGAAAUGCUUGCUCAUUGUGUCAAGCAGAGGCAAAUGUAGGGUAGAUUUCUCCCCCCCCCCCCCCGCCCCGCCCCUAGCGUUGCAUACAAUGAAGCGGACUCUGGCAGGACUGCAUUUUUUCGCGGCUGUAAUUGAUUAACCAGAAAUGUUGCCUUACGAAACCGAGGGAGACAUUCGGCAAAUGGCACGCUGCCUGUAUAGCAACUUCCCUUAGUAGAGAGGUUCCUUGAUGCACUUUUCUGGAUGAAUGGGUGUUUUGGCCCAGGUCUUUGCUUAUUUUUAGGAGGAAUUGUUCGGGAGCUCGAUAUAAGUGAUCGCGUAUCAGUCUCUACCUAUGUCAUGUAGGAUCUCAUCACGCAUUUCAAGGGUGCAUUUCGGAGCUCCCUUAGGAUAAUUCAUUCUCUCUCUCACACACGCACACUUUAUUCCUUUUUUAUCCUGAUUGAAACAGCAUCACGUGCAUAUCUGAUAGGCUGGCGAUCUGCUGCCUCAAGCACUGGGCUGAAAAGAGAUGUGUAUGUAGGGCAGCAGUCAUGGCGGAGGAGGGUCUCUUGCCUGUAAGCUGCACUGAGAGAGAAAACACAUAUGCAUUCUUUAGCCGUGGCAAAGGCUUCUUCAAGUUGUUUUUUCCCCAUCAGGGAGUCCUAUUUCAUAGUCAGUGCACUGCCACAGACAGCAAUGUUCAUAACCUGGUUUUCUACUUGCCUUCAAGAACACAGCAGAAAAGCCUUUCAAUCUUCUUAAACCUAUGCCUCAUGGAGUACAUGGAGACCUCACCUGGAGUACUGUGUCCAGUUCUGGGCACCACAGUUCAAGAAGGACACUGACAAACUGGAACGUGUCCAGAGGAGGGCAACCAAAAUGGUCAAAGGCCUGGAAACGAUGCCUUAUGAGGAACGGCUAAGGGAGCUGGGCAUGUUUAGCCUGGAGAAGAGGAGGUUAAGGGGUGAUAUGAUAGCCAUGUUCAAAUAUAUAAAAGGAUGUCACAUAGAGGAGGGAGAAAGGUUGUUUUCUGCUGCUCCAGAGAAGCGGACACGGAGCAAUGGAUCCAAACUACAAGAAAGAAGAUUCCACCUAAACAUUAGGAAGAACUUCCUGACAGUAAGAGCUGUUUGACAGUGGAAUUUGCUGCCAAGGAGUGUGGUGGAGUCUCCUUCUUUGGAGGUCUUUAAGCAGAGGCUUGACAACCAUAUGUCAGGAGUGCUCUGAUGGUGUUUCCUGCUUGGCAGGGGGUUGGACUCGAUGGCCCUUGUGGUCUCUUCCAACUCUAUGAUUCUAUGGUUGUUGCUUUUCUUUCAAAGUAAAAAGAGGCAGACCAGCAAAAACCUACAGGUGAGACUUUCCCCCUCAAUAGGAACUUUAAUGACCUGAUUUUAAGAGGCAACAAGGGCCUCCCUUAGACCAAGAAGGCCCAAAUUUUGGUUUAUGGACCAUUUUACAGUUAAGGAUGACCCAUGGCACUUUGGGGUCUGGAGCAGAAAACCCAAAUGCACAUGUGCAGGCAUGCACACACUUCUCCCUAGUUCACAAGUGGGAACAGUCCACAGGGAAUUUCCUUAGCCCAAGUAAACAACCGGGGCCUUCAGAAGUACAUUAUUCCGGAUCCCCCAGAGGCAUUUGCCCAGGACCUUGCCUUACUGUAGGACCACCUCCAUUUACACCUCCUGAACCACCAACUCAAUCUAAAAUACAAACCAGAAAGUCAUAGGGUCACAGGAAGUUGCCUUAUUGGUCCAUCUAGCUCCAUCUUGUCUCCACCAGCUGGUAGCAGCUCUCUAGGGAUCUUCUGCCGUAUUUAUUUAGGGUGACCAUGCAAAAGGAACAGGUAAAAUGGCUGUGUAGUAAUUUAUGCAUUUUGCAUAAUAUACCUAAAGAGUUCAACUCAUACUCUGGACAAAUUUCAGGUAGCUGACGUUUGGGCCCACCUCAGCCAGCGAAAAAGGCGGGAUUCCAGUUUUACCACAAAAACAUGUUUUUGAUUGGGCGGGGAGCAAAUAAGAACCAUUAAGACUUGUGUUAUCCAAAGACUUCUCAUCGCAUUAUCAGUCGCCAUUUUAUAAGCAGGAAGGGCUCAAGGCCAUGGGGAACCCAGGAAAGUAACUAUGGGCUUCACGUUGGCAGGCGAAGUAGCAAGCAAAGAACACCGUGCCAAAGGUCUCUCUGAUUCAAUAAGUUACUGAUGAGAAAGUUGAAGGAGAAAACAAUGGGAUGGUGAACAGAGAAGGACAAGCAAAAGAUGAUUUAGAGCAGAUGUAUGGGGAACCCUGUAUCGUUCGAGAGCUGAAUUCCCUCAUAGCCAACCUCCCAGAGGUCAAUGCCAGCAGUGGCCAGGGGCAGGGGCAACCGGUAUUCAGAGGCCUCUAAUACAGGAGGCAGUUGCCACUGAUGACUUCAUCCUCCACAAUAACAUCUGCUGUGACAUCUGACGCCACCCUGAUUAAUCUCAAGAGCGGAGAUACAGCAAAAGGGGCAAAGAGGAGUUGCAGCAAUCUAAAGACAGGAUUACGGGGGUGUUUGCUCGGCAAUCUCCCGUCCUCUAGCCAUUCCAGUUUCGGUUUCUUUGAAAGGGAGCAAGGUGCAGCAGAGAUCACUUCUCCGGGAGAGCAGAGUACUCUGCAGUUGCAGCUAGGAAAGUUUGCUGAUUAGUGGGCGGCCUUGAACAACAUGGCGUAAUCUAUUCCCAGCACAUGGGUGAGAGUAUGGCCUUAUAGUAUGUCUAAAGCAGAACCAGGCGAUAUGAGUUUGGUCUGAUUAUAAGUGCGAUUCCUGUGCAAAGGGCACAGGAACCACACAGAAAUUAGUCCCUUGCAUUAGUGCAUCUUGAAGGUAUUUACAGCUGAAAAAACCUUCUCAUCUCAGUGCAUUUCACCUGUAUGUAUAGUACAUUUCCACUCGCAGCUCUCUAGACCUUCAGUAGGUACCAACAUGGUGUGUAAUAGAACUCCUGAGACGUUGGUAUGUGCAAGAAGCUGAUCGAGUUUGGUCCCACGAGCCAAGAGGACUGGCAAAUGUGCCAUGAAAACACAGCAGAUGCAGGUCCUCCUAUCCAAGCAUAAUGUGUUCUCAUAAAAUAGUUUGUUAAGCAAGUGUUUGCAUAAUAGAUUGAUGAUUUCCAUCGAUUCCUAUGAGAAAAUUUCUAAUGCGCUCCCAACCACAGAAUUUUUACCCCAAAAUGAUGUUAAAAACCAGGGGAACCUUCUGAAACCUUGCAGAAGGCAAACAUGGAAGGAAAAAUGCUCUAAUUUGUCUAAUCUCUCCCCCCUUUCUCCAUGGUUUUCAGUGAAACGGCUGCUGAGGACCAGCAAAAUACAAAAAGCAAGGCUUGUUUAAGGCGGCUUAUUUGUUUACAGUACUACAGGCAGUUCCAGCUCUUCGAAAAUCUGAAUCUGUGGUGUGUAUAGCAAGGUUUGUGUACUAAUUCCUUGUGUUUGGAUAAUUGAAUUUUCGUAUAAUGUUUGUAUAGGAGGAUCUGCGUCUAUGUUCCUGUCAUGUGUAUAUAUAUACCACAGUCCUCAGGCUUUCCUCAGCAGAAGGCUCAGUCUGAGCAGUGCUCACUGAUGUACAGUGGUGCAUCGCAAGACGAAAUUAAUUCGUUCCGCAAGUCUCUUCGUCUUGCGAGUUUUUCGUCUUGCGAUGCACGGUUUCCCAUAGGAAUGCAUUGAAAAUCAAUUAAUGCGUUCCUAGGAAGCCGCCUUCAGACCAGGUCCGGGGACAGUCUGUCCCCGGACCUCUUCUGAAGGCUGGGGGGCAAGGGCUUUUCUUCCCACCUGGGUUAAAUGCUGUGAGGCCCUUUAUCAUAAGCUCUGGUUGUAUUUAUGAUGGCCGUCUUCAAAUAUCUGGAGGGCUGUCACAUGGAAGAUGGAGCAAGCUUGUUUUCUCCUGCUCCUGGAGGGUAGGACUUGAACCAAUGGCUUCAAAUUACAAGAAAGGAGAUUCCGACUAAACUUUAGGGAAGCUUUUAAUGUUUAAUAGGUUAUUGUAUUUUAGUGUUUUGUUGGAAGCCGCCCAGAGUGGCUGGGGAAACCCAGCCAGAUCAGCGGGGUAUAAAUAAUAAAUUAUUAUUAUUAUUAUUAUUAUUAUUAUUAUUAUUACUUCAGGAAUAACUUUAUGACGGCAAGAGCUGUUCAGCCGUGGAAUGAUCUCCCUUGGGAGGUGGUGGACUCUCCUUCCUUGGAGGUUUUUAAGCAGAGGUUGGAUGGCCAUCAUAGAUGCUUUAGUUGAGAUUCCUGCAUUGCAGGGGGUUGGACUAGAUGACCCCGGGGCUCUCUUCCAACUGAUUCGAUGAUCCUCUCAUCUCAAGUUUUGACCAUCUCUUUAGUUUCAUGCAGUUACUUUUCAUAUCAAAAUUCAAGAGAACAGAAUCGGCACGACCUUUAAAAGGAUUUAGAGAGGUACAUUUUACGUUCUUGCUCCUUAACAUAACUCCAGACCCUCUUAUCGCGUCUUCACGUUACGAAGCGAGGCGACCAAGAACCGCACUCCCUCCCCUCCCCCAUGUGCCAGGCACUGACUCAUUCUUCCCCCUCAGCUUGAACUCUCGCGAGACUCUGGCCCCGUCUUGUAAACGCGAUGUCCUUUCGGGCGCUGGUAGUUCUUCGAUCGUAGCGGCCGGCCGGGGAGGUGGCGCGUGGGGGGGGAGGGGGGAAUGUUGCGAGAGAGGGAAGAGACGUGGGGAGGGGGAGGUCACCAAGCGCCAUGACAGACAGGAGCCCGGAACCAAUGAGACCGGCCGAAGUCAAAGCGCGCAGCCAAUACCGCGGCGGGGUGGGCGCGUCCUCGCCGGCGGCUGAUUGAUCUCAGCCUUGGCGACGGCGUUGUUCAGUCGGAGCGAGAACAUUCUAGAGGUAAGUGCUCGGCGGCCAUUAUGGCCUGCCCCUACCCCUCCUCCCCCCCCCCACCGCCCUACGAUCGCGCGCGAGCUCCCAGUUUAAAAAAAAAAAAGAAAGAAAAAAGCGCCUCGGUUGGUUUUGCCGAGCCUUGAGGUGCGCGCGCGCCGUUCCUCCGCCCCCCUCCGCGGCUUCGCGCGCCACUCGCGCGCGCGCCCCCGCCGCCAACCCCAUCUAACAAUGCUGCCUCAGCUGACUGUAUUUCCCUCCCGGCAGAGCAACCGGCACGGCCGCUCCCGCUGAUCCCGCCCGCCUCAGGACGCUCGGACCCCCCCUCCCCUCUUCCUGGCGGUUGCGGCGCCGGCCUCCUCCGCCCUCGACCACCGGACACAGAAGAGAGCGGAUAUCUAUAUAUCUAUAUAUUUAAGUAAUAUACGUCUAAUUUGAAAGGACUGCAGGAGGAAGGGGAGCAGGAGGAGGAGAGGAGAGGAAGACGAAGAAGAAGAAACGCCACACCGCCCCCUUCCAGCGUCCGGGUGCUCGGUGGCUACACCUCUCUCUUCCCCCCCUCAACCCCCCGACGUCGCUCAUCGUUUCUCCUCAACACCGAUUCGGCCUUCGUCACAGCCCCGGGCGAGCAGCGUUGGGUUUAUGUCUGUAUUGGACGAAAACGGUGAGUCGCGAGGGAGGCGGCGGCGGCCGUUUGAACAGGGGCUUGAAGGGGCUCCCUCUCCUGAGGGGACGCGGCGGUUGGUCGGGGGUGGGAAAUCCGGGUCGGGGGUGGUUUUGUGGAAAGGCGAAGCGGGGCCUCAAAGAGGGAAAGAAACGGAGGUGGGGAAAGGAGCUGGCUGGGGGGUGGGGGACAGCGAGGGCGGCGGCCAUGGGGCAGAGGCCUCUGGGGCCCCUUUUCGUAAGGUUUGCCACUUAAAUGCGUCGCUAUGAUAACAAUAAGCCCCUCAUCUCGUUCUCUCGUGGGGGGGGGGCGUCUGAGAGCGACGUCGCGGCCCCCGUCCCUCAUUCCGCGGUAGGAUAGUGGGGCAGUAAGAUGAGGCGAAGGAGUGUAUAAUAAAGACGGGGGUCGCCGCUGCGCUUUUUAUCCAGGGUUCUUCUCUUCUCUCCCCCCCCCCCCCACGGUCGCGGGUUGCUCCACAAGAUGGCGGCUGCCAGGUCUUCCGCGCCUCCCUCCCUCGUGAUGCUGGGCGGAGGGAGGGGCGGCGAGGGAGACGCGGUGGUUGGGGAGAGUGCGCGCUCUGUGGCGCAGUUCCUAAACCCGCAGCGCCGGGAGGGUGGAGGAGGGCGAGGGCUCCUUUCUCUCUGUCUGUCGGUCUGUCUGUUUCUCUCCCGAUGCCUCUCUUUUUCCCGGGUUCAGAGAGCGACGCGGGGCGGGGGAGAGGAGAUCGGAGGGAGGGGGAAGGAGGAGAAGCGCCUGCGCGGCACGCUGCCGCCCCUCGUAUUUAAGGCUGACUCAGUGCUUAAUUGCUGCAUUUCUGAGUCAUUCCGACGCCUGGGUGAAGGGGAGGUGGGGGUUUUUGGGCUUUUGUUUUUUGCUUUUUUAUUAAACCAAAGGGAGGGAGGGAGCGGAAGUGCUCUUUAUACGCGAAGGCCUCGUGGCGUGUGAAUGGCUUUUCUCCCCAGCAGGUAAAAGCAUCACGUUUUCUAUUUCCUCCAGGUUCCAAAGUACUUAGUAUAAGGGUUUUGUCCGCCCCCCCCCCCGUAUUUUUGUUUCUUUUUUUUUUACUUCGGAUAUUUUUUGGGGGGGGGUCUUUUCAUGCUGCUGCAGGCACGUGUUUAGGUCAUGUGGUGGAAAGGGUGGGAGAGCAAAGUUCCAUGCUUGAAACCGUAUCUGCUGUGUUACUGGUUGUUUUGGCGUAAACAGCUUUGAUUCGCUUAAAUAAGCACAGGCAAUUGUUCUUUAUGGCAGGGGACUUGUGUAAUGAGGUGGUUCAGAUAAAUUUUAGUGGUGCUGAUUAAGUAGGUAUGGCCCCACUCCAACAUUCGCUUACUAGCACAGUAUACCCUUGAGGAUACAAGAGACUUAAAAUAUGUAGGAGGUGCCUUUCAUAUGAACUCCCACUGAGAGCAAGUGCAGGUUCAACGUUAACAUUAACUGGUAAAGGUUUAAUGAAAAUAUCCACCUGCUAAAUAGGUGCAGAGUGACUAUGCAAUGGAAUGUGACAAGUUGUUACUGUUGCAAAGUAAACGUAAGAGUCAACGUGCAACAUAAAAAGCUUAUAAUUGUACCAAGUUCACUGUUCUUGGCACAAGCAGGCAUAAUUCAUUCGUGUUACUUUUACAGUUUAGUUUUAAUAUUCUAUCUGCCCAUUUUUGUCAAGCAGCUUAACAACCAAAUAGAGGAUUUAUAUAGAUAUAACUUAGAUAGUGCUUAAUAUUAUAAAAAGUUGUUCUUCGCAUAUGAUCGUUUAAAGAUACAAAAGGUUCAGUGGACUAUUUAGACUUGUCAAUGCUGUGUUUUAAGAAAAAACAACAACAAUGUAGCCUUUGCUCACACAUACUUUUAAUUAUGUCUUGGGUGGCAAAUGGAAAAAGUUAACAAAUGACAUUUUGCUAAAGUUGACCUAGCCCCUAAAAUGGUUUCCAAGCACUAUCUAUUGGCAUUGACUGAGUCUUGCAUGAAUGUUAUCCAAAGUGCUACAGAAACUAAAUCUUGCUUUUUUUAAUUUGCAGAGCUGUUGCGCAGCCAUUGGUACCUGUAUUGGGGAAAUAUAGCAUACAAGCAAGAACCUCACAGCCUCGGUGGCGAAAAAUUUUUCAUGUCAGAGACCGAGAACUCUUGCAGUCGUUUAUGUCAUCACGUCUUCUCCAGACAGAAGAUACCAAAAAGUUGCAAUCAAAGAUCUCUCCAUCUUAUUGAUAAAGCUACUAAUAAGCCAAAAUGUCUGUCAAUGUCAACCGCAGUGUUUCAGAUCAGUUCUAUCGCUACAAAAUGCCCCGUCUGAUUGCCAAGGUAGUUGCUGCAAUAUUUAAAUUCCUUAAGGCCUAGCUUGAAUUUUACCUUAUUUAAAACUCCUGAAACAAAAGAAUUAUUGCUUGAAUUGAACUGGGUUGAAUAAGUAUGUUUAACAAAUCUUCUCUUCCUAGGUUGAGGGCAAAGGAAAUGGGAUAAAGACAGUUAUAGUCAACAUGGUUGACGUUGCAAAGGCGCUUAAUCGGCCUCCUACGUGUAAGUUGGUGCAUAGACAUUUUACUCUGCCAUCCCUUCUUCUUGUACAAGACACUAAAAACUUGGAUAUGUCCUUUGUUCUAACACUGCACAAAUUUGACUUGCACAGAAAAAUCAGGCCUUGCUCAGAUUGCUCCUGUGUCAAAUUUGUACAUUCCAAGUGUACUAGUAAUUGCCAUGCAUCAGCCAACAUACAUAACCUUUGUCUUUUUGUCUCAUGAAGUCAGUAGAAGCCCCUAAGGCGAGAAGGCAACUGUAAGGAAACAAUGUACCUUGACAUGAUGAACAGUACUUUUAAGAUGACACAAUGUUUAGUUUCGUGUUGCCUUAUAUUUAACAAAUACAGUAGCAGUACUGAGCUGGUUAUAAGCAGCGCUCCUAAAUGAUGCUGUUGUGGGGAGGGAAUUUUGACACUGGUCUUCAGAUUGAUAGUGAAACAUGCUGUGGUUAAAAAAGAGUUCCAACUUCUUUUCUUACUGUUAUUAAUGUAGCAAGAGCCUGCUAAUGUUUUAAACAUAGAUUGGGGUGGAAGAAAAGCCAUUGCAGAGCCAUAAUAACUUUUUUUCUUUUAUUAGAUCCCACCAAAUUUUUUGGUUGUGAGCUGGGAGCGCAGACCCAGUUUGAUGUUAAGAAUGACCGUUACAUUGUCAAUGGAUCUCAUGAGGCGAAUAAGCUACAAGACAUGUUGGAUGGGUUCAUUAAAAAAUUUGUUCUCUGUCCUGAGUGUGAGAAUCCCGAAACUGAUCUGGUAGGUACUACUUUUAGAAUGUUCACAGGUGUCUUUUAAAGACUGACAAUAUAGUUUGCAAUGCAUUGUCUGAAAGUUGCUAAUGCUGGAAUGCCACACAUUUGUCUAGUCAGUGCCAGGAUAGGAGGCUGCCUGUAAAUCCUAUCUGCAGUGCCAAUAAGUUAUUUAAUUAAAAAUAAGAAAUGAAGUAAAUAUACAGCUGAGCUUUCACUGGAGAUUUCCUUUCCUUGCAUAGCUUAUGCUUCAGCAUUUGUACCAGGGGACACAGUAAUGUGAAGUCAUUGAAUACAUGACAUUGCAAUCCUAUAGUUACAUAUAUAGAAGUCUUGCUGAACUCACUGGGCCUUUUGAAUAGACAUGUAUUAGGAUUGUACUGUCAGUUCUGAAUUUUGAGUAUGCUAGUUAAAUUUUGUCAGAUUUCUCCUCCUUAAGAAUAGAAAUCACACAAACCUAGCAAAUUAUAAGUUAACUGAAUUCCUUUGCAUAGAACAAUUGGUUUUAGCUUGCUGUACAAGGGGCCAGUCCAAUUGGAGUAGGGGUUUCGGGGGCGUGUUUGCAUGCCUCAUUCAUGUCUUGACCUGGAACAUUGGGUGCUUGAAAAGUGAAAUGCAGCACCUUGAACUGAACCUAAAACUGUAUUGCCUUCCCCAACUUGAAGUUCUGCUGAGAUGCCUCCUUCUUGGGGGGCAGGGGAGUGAGUACCAGCACUCCCAAAACUGUAUCUCUCCAUUGACUACUGUGCAAAGGAGCUUCUUCUGGUGUGUCACCAUUUCAAGGUCUCGGAAACUUCCUGUUUCCUGAACCUCAAGACCUUGCUUGGGGUUACCACACGAGGGAGAAGGGGCUCUUUUGCAAGGUAAUAAGACCUUUGAACGUUGAGUUUUCCUUCCCCUCCAGACUUUUAGAGUAGCAAUGAAAAAUUCUUACUUUGCAUUUAGUGCCAAGGUAAUUGGGAAAAUGGCAGGCAUUAAAACUACUACUUUUUUUUGACAGCAUGUCAAUCCUAAGAAACAAACCAUUGGUAACUCUUGCAAAGCCUGUGGCUAUCGAGGCAUGCUUGACACAAACCAUAAACUCUGCACAUUCAUCCUCAAAAACCCACCUGGUAAGUGAAUGAAUUCCUCUGGUUUUGGUGCACCAAAGGACAGAUCAUAAAAUAGGCUGGCAGGCUACCAUUCUUUGAAACUAUUUUAUGCAAGCAACACUCUGUGGCAGAUAACUAGUUGUCUGCUUCAAUUUAAGCUUGCUAUAGUAAGCAUAGUCUGACCUAUUCCAGUGGCCUCUGUAGGUGAGGCCAUCUGUUAUAUAGACUCUUGACAUCCUAGCCAUUGCUGUUAUUCUCCAUGAGCAAAUUCUGUACAUCCUGGUCUACAUGAGAUGAGAGCACUGCCUUCUAGUUUUUUAUAUUGUCACACAGAGUACUUUUUCUGUAACUGCAAGUAGCUGGUCAACCACUGUCAACACUUCGGGUUAUUCUGGAUCUAGAAAAGUUUAGUUCUGUAACACACAGAAUUAGUAGCACUCUGAAUGUUCACUUAGAGGUGAUUGGUUUUGGUAUUUCUUUUGGUGUCUGACUCAGAGUCAGGUGUUUUCCAUGUGUCUUUUCUAAAAGGCAACCUCACAGUGUUGGCUUGAGAAAAAGCUAUUGCCCCAAAAGACAUAUUAAGCAGUCUGGUCAGCCCCUGGUUCAGAUGAAACUAAGAUUAUGCUCACCUGAAAACAGUGAAGUAAAAUUUCAUAAGCUAUAUUUAGAGGUGUUGGGACAGCUGUGACUGAAACUGAAACGUCAGAUGAAACUGUUUGAAAGCAGCUAUUGAAUGAAGACUUGUUAAUGUUUGCAGAGAGCAGUGAGACUGGUACAGGCAAGAAAGAGAAAGAAAAGAAGAAUAGAAAAGGCAAGGAUAAAGAGAAUGGUUCUGUGUCUAAUACUGAGACACCAUCCCCACAGUCAGCAGCACCAGAAGAGCUUAGUCCUCCACAUGUGGUAAGUACACAUGGUCAAAUUGAAUGAGAGAGAAAUGUCUUGAUCAGAACAUAUUCCAGGUCAUUGCUUACCUAUAUAUGAGAGGUGUGUGUAAGUGUGUCAAAGUGGUUCUUUGUGUUACAUUUAUGUUCUCACUUGUUGCAUUAACCACUUUUACUUUUCAGGAUGAUGAUGAUGAUGACUGGGGUGAAGACACAACCGAAGAAGCCCAGAGGCGCAGAAUGGAUGAAAUCAGUGAUCAUGCAAAAGUUCUCACCCUGACUGAUGACCUAGAAAGGACUAUUGAAGAAAGAGUUAAUAUACUAUUUGACUUUGUUAAGGUAAAAAAGGAUAUUAGUGUGCUCCUGUUGUGCUGAAAUGACAUAACCUUUUAACUAGAGUAGCUGGCUCAUUCAUUAAGUGAACUAACUAUUAAGGAAUUCAGGUAUAGCCGGCAUGGUUGCAAGUAUAGUAGCAUGUUUUUUAUAUUUUCAGAAAAAGAAGGAAGAAGGUGUCAUAGAAACAUCUGAUAAAGAUAUAGUGGCUGAAGCAGAAAGACUGGAUGUCAAAGCUAUGGGACCCCUGGUAUUGACUGAAGUCCUAUUUGAUGAAAAGAUCAGAGAGCAGAUAAAGAAGUACAGGCGACAUUUCUUGCGUGUAAGUUCUACCAGUGAUUUAUCAUACGCCUAAAACAUGGUGAAACGACAGCAUUUAGAACUCAAAAUUAGAGUGACAUACCAUCAAGCUGCAAGUUGUAUUCUGUUUCAACAAUUGAUUUAUUUGCAAAACUCCAAAAAGUUAGUUACACAUACCUUCCCUCGUUAGCCGUCUCGUGGUUUCUAUGCUGGGUGAUUGGGCAAUGGCCUGUGUGUCUGGUAUGGAAAUACUGUGGGUGGUUCAAAUUGGAUGGAGUAUUCCAUGCCUCUGCAGGCAGCCCACUGAUUUUCAUCACUGGAUGCGGAGAAGGCAAAGCAUCCUCCAGCCCCAAAGUAAAAUUCAAGUGUUCUCUUGCUACAGCUUGCUGAUUGGUUUGGGUAAACCCCGAGUUGCGUAUUGCAGUCUGGAAAGUGGCUAAUAAGGCUCCUGUAUGCAAAUGGAUUUCUGUUCCCUAAUCCAUCCCAAUUCAUUUCACAGUUCUGCCACAACAACAAGAAGGCUCAAAGAUACCUUCUUCAUGGCCUGGAGUGUGUGGUAGCCAUGCAUCAGUCUCAGCUGAUUUCUAAAAUUCCGCAUAUCCUGAAGGAAAUGUAUGAUGCGGAUCUUCUGGAAGAGGAGGUCAUUCUGAGCUGGGCGGAAAAGGUCUGUAUUAUAUAGCAAGAUAAAUCUCACAAAUAAUCAAACUUGUAAAUAUACACCUGUUUGAAUGGCAGUGAUGGCCUUUAUGAAUUGUGUGAUUAUGCAGCAGGAUUUUGCUCUUCAAUAGAUAUCCAAGAGUACAGAGGGAGGGAAGAUGGUAGCCUGGGAAGGGGGAUGAGAAAACUUGUACAUUGGUACAUAGGAUCGUCCCUUGCAAAGUUUGGGGGUAAUAAUUCAAACAUUAAUUUCUCAUGCAUGUAGAAUUGUAUGCACUGGCUGACCCGCUCCUCUAUGUCACAUUUCCAGCCCAACUGCCCUCCAUAAUAUGGGGAGAAGCAAACCUCAGCAACAUGAGGCCUACUGUAUUCAUAGAUAUUCUCCUUUCAUCUGUUUGGCCCCCUAGCACAUUUUUUGUAUUCUUCCCCCUGUUUUUUUAAAGAAAUGGUGAAGCUCCUACUUUGGAUCCCAUAUGAACUUAAAUACAUUACGUCCCAAGUUGUUCAUUAAAUGUUGAGGUAAGGAAACAAUGCAGUGCAUAGAAUUGACAUCAGUCUUCUCUUGUAGGCCUCGAAGAAAUAUGUCUCUAAAGAGCUUGCCAAAGAAAUUCGUGUCAAAGCAGAACCCUUCAUUAAAUGGCUGAAAGAAGCUGAAGAGGAGUCAUCUGGCAAUGAGGAGGAAGAGGAUGAAGAUGAAAAUAUUGAAGUAUGUGUUAAACUCAGCUUUGAAAAGUUGGUUAAAUCUAUCUUUAAAAAUAUCCGUAGCAAUAACCUAAUGGCAACUAAGUCUUUGAUUUGAAACAGGAUUUUGUACUCCCAUGCAGGUAUAUUUACUGUAGUAGCCAUCUGCAUUUAGAAUACCUCAAGCUUGUUGACUUCAUUGCACUAAUGAAACCUACCUCUUUGUGCAGGUGGUGUACUCCAAGACGGCCAGUGUACCUAAGGUUGAAACUGUGAAGCCUGCAAACAACAAGGAAGAGGACAUUGAUAUUGAUGCUAUUUAA